GAUGGACGGUUGGGAAGUACGGGAAGGAAUCAAAAAGGGGUAUUUUGGUAAAAAAGCGACGACUGCGGGUUCGUCCUUUUUGUAAAACCAACGAAGCAAGCACAACAUAGGAAAGAGAGAGGCACGGACUCUUGUUCUCUUCUUCUUCCUCGCAUCAGAGAAGCCUCGAUUUUCUUUCUCCUCAGAUUCAGAUUUCACAGAGUUCUCCUCAAAAUUCAAAUUCCGAAAUUGGAGUCGCAAAUUCGGCUAAAUUCCCAUGAAGUCCGAUCUUACGAUGGCUGGACCUUCGCGAACGUUGGAUCAGACCCCGAUUUCUCCAUGGCUGUCCGCCGAGCAUCAUCACUGCAGUGGCAGAAAUGUGGUUGCCUUGAUAGCACGGAGGGAGAUUUCUCCUAGAGCAAAACAUGUGCCCACAAGGCGGUGGGGAGAAACUUCUAAUAGGAAAUCUAGUUCCACCUAUGGGCCUAAGGGUGAAGCAAUCAGAGAUGCGAAACGUGGCCUCCGCUCAUGGGUUGAAGCAGAGUCACUGCGGCAUUUGUCAGCCAAGUAUUGUGAUUUAGUGCCUCCUCCAAGGUCAACCAUUGCAGCAGCAUUCAGCCCCGAUGGAAGAAAACUUGCUUCUACGCAUGGUGACCACACUGUAAAGAUAAUUGAUUGCCAAACUGGCAGAUGCGUAAAGGUUUUGAGCGGCCAUAGAAGGACACCUUGGGUGGUUAGGUUUCAUCCUUUGAAUCCAGAAAUAAUUGCUAGUGGAAGUUUGGAUCAUGAAGUUCGCUUAUGGGAUUUAAACACAUCAGAUUGUAUUGGCUCUCGUGAUUUCUAUCGACCUAUUGCAUCUAUUGCUUUUCAUGCCAAUGGGGAACUCCUAGCUGUUGCAUCAGGACACAAGUUGUAUAUAUGGAAAUACAAUGGGGAACCUUCUUCUCCAGACAUGGUAUUAAAAACAUGGCGUUCCCUUCGAGCAGUGCAUUUUCACCCCCAAGCUGCUCCGUUUCUCUUAACUGCUGAGGUCAAUGAUCUUGACUCUUCAGAUUCCUCAAUGUCUCAAGCAACAUCUCCCGGCUACUUGCAAUAUCCAUCUCCUGCUGUUUUUGUGGCAAACGUUGAUUUUAGUGAACGUCUUAGUUUGGCUACUCAACUACCACUUAUGUCCUUGCCUUUUGUCUUCGUGCCGCCAUAUGUAGAUGAUCCAAGAAUAGUAAUGCAGCCUGAAAACGGACCUGCUGGAUCAAAUAGCAUGCAAGUCACUUCUGCUUCAAUGCAGUUUCAAGCAGAUGUAAAUGCAGCAGAGCAGGAUGCUACCACAGUUUCUCGAAUGGAGACAUUUCCAUCAGCUCCAAUUGUUUCCAAUCACAAUGCUGAAGGCAAUGCAGAUAAUUAUUUCCUUAAUGGAACGAGAAGUGAUGCUUGUGACCGCACAGGAGAUGCAAUGGAGACUGAUGAGAUGCCAGCUGUAGGAGGAAGCCAGCAUGGAAGCUGGAUGAAUUUAGAUCCUGUGAAUAAUAGAGUACCUGAAAAUACUUCAAGUCAUCCUGGUUUUACUGAAUUUGGGCAACCUUAUAGAACGUUUCCUUAUAGAGAUCCUGCAUUCUGGGAAUUGCCUUUUCUCCAAGGGUGGUUAACAGGUCAAAGCCAAGCUAAUUUUCCCUUAAUGCUUCCUCUUAAUCAUGGUGGGCUUAACAAUUUAGCUCAGCCUAUGGGUUCUUCUAGUUUGGUGUCACAUCUGUCUGCUCAUAACGUGACGGAUGUGGCAGCUUCUUUAGCAUUGCCAGGAAGCACCAGUGUAUCUGGGCUUUCUGGAAGAUCUGGCUUGCAGCAUUAUUAUCCGCACUUCCACUUCUCUGGACCAGAAUCAGGGGAUAGUGCUUCCUUAAGUACCCAACCCGAUGAGAAUGAUGCACAGCCCAUUAUUAGUCGAAUCCAGUCUGAUAUUGAUACAUUAAUGGCUGCAGCAGCAGCUGCAGAAUUACCAUGCACUGUAAAACUAAGAGUAUGGUCACAUGAUAUAAAAAAUCCUUCUGCUCCGCUGAAUGCUGAAAGAUGUCGUUUAAUUGUUCCUCAUGCUGUUCUUUGCAGUGAAAUGGGGGCUCAUUUCUCCCCCUGUGGGAGAUUUUUAGCUGCCUGUGUUGCAUGCAUGCUUCCUCAUACGGAAGCUGACCCUGGACUACAAAGUCUAGUUCAUCAGGAUUCUGGAAUUGCAACAUCCCCAACUCGGCACCCAAUCUCAGCUCACCAAGUUAUGUAUGAGCUUCGCAUAUAUUCACUUGAGGAGGCCACAUUUGGUUCGAUACUUGUCUCUCGGGCAAUUAGAGCAGCACAUUGUUUGACUUCAAUCCAAUUCUCCCCCACGUCUGAGCACAUAUUACUGGCCUAUGGUCGCCGCCAUGGUUCUCUUCUUAAAAGUAUUGUCGUUGAUGGGGAUACAACUGUACCUAUUUACACUGUUCUUGAGGUUUACAGAGUUUCAGAUAUGGAACUUGUGAGAGUACUUCCCAGUGCAGAGGAUGAGGUUAAUGUUGCUUGCUUUCAUCCCUUUGCUGGUGGAGGUCUGGUUUAUGGGACCAAGGAAGGGAAGCUUAGGGUACUCCAGUUUGAUGGUGCUCGAGAUGAAAAGUUCAUUGGACCAAAUUACUUUACAGAGGAAAAUACGGCUGUUGCAGUAUAGUCAGCAAGAUGUUGAGGGAAAUGGUUCAGAGAAUUGCUUGCUGAGCAUCUUUUAGGACUCCAGAAGCCUAGCCUUUUUCCUUCAGGAUCCAUGACAAUGUAGAUAUUGGGAAAGCAAAUCCAUAAAACAGCUUCUGCAGUUGGAGCCACAUGGUUCUAACCCUAUGCGUGCUUCUCUCAAAUCAUAGAUCCAAUCAGCAGCGGAAGCUGGCGUCGGGGGUCCUGAAAGAUGGCACAGCCAGCUUCAUUGAGGCUGAUGGCAGAGUUUAUGCAUUUACGGGCGAUGGCGAAGCAAGAUUGAAGUUUCGUGCGUGUACAUAAAACCGUGUUUGAUCAAUUAAGAGACCGUUCAUAAGCCCAUUUUGUGUUCGUGUAACCGUAUCAAAUUGUGAAGUGCAAUUUUGAUAUGGAGACUGCUUUUGUAUGUCUAGAAUUCAAAGAAAGAAGUCCAAAAAUCCUCUAUGAUUUUUUGCGUCACCAGCUAGUUAUACUAGACCUGCACACAGUGGAAAGUAGCACAAAACAGCAUCAUAUCCGGCUAAACAAACAAAAAGGAAUGGGAUCCGAAGUCUAAUGCUUUAUCAAAACUAAGAUUAGUGUCUUCCAAAAAAAUAAAACUAAGAUUAGUGGUAAAAAAACUUUUCUCUCUCCUUCCGUGAGAGACCCUCUCUCCUCUGUGAGAGUUUUCUUCCCCCUUUGGUGAGGGUCUUCAUCUUGUCCACCUUCUCAGGCGCUGACUCUGGCUUUGGCUGGAGUCGGUUGCCUCUUUUCCUUUUCUUCUUUUGAUGCUUCUCCCUAUUUUUCCCUCGGGCUUGUCCUUUUCUUCAUCUUUCGUGGGUAUUCCUCUCCCCAUCUCUUCCUCAGUCCGAUCUUUAGCCAUGGUUCCUUUUGAGUUCGUGUGUAGAGUUGAGGUGUUGUUCCUGGCUCAGGUGUUUCCCACACCAUCACGUUCUCCUUGCUGUCUACUGUUUUUGGCCGUGUUGUUCGUGGGUUUCCCUGAGCUUCUUCCCAGUAGUUGGCUAAUCCCUCUUUGGUGCUAACUAUCACCUGUUAAUGGUUGUGAUAUGGUUGAUGUUCGGGGUUGGCGGUGGUGUUUGAGACGGCGUUGCUCGAUGGUGGAUGACGUUUCCUGUGGCUGGCCUGGAUCUCUGUCGAUGGAGGAGUUUUCAAUAGAAGUUUCUCGGUUGGCUGUUGUGUGUUUUUUUGGAUUUCCCUGUUGUGGGGCUUCUUUCUUUUUUCAGUUGGUUUCGGUCCUUUUCUGUUUGUGUAUAGUUGUAGUUGGGCAUUUGGUUUGCUUGUACUUUUGGGCUGCUUGUUUUAAUAAAAGUUGAGGGAGAGAUGUUGGGUUGUAUUGACUUAACUACGAUUAGUGGUUUGUAUUGACUUAACUAGAUGUUGGGUUGUUAGAUUGUUAAUGAAGUCAUACUUAUUUGCAUUGA